CGAAAUCAUUUAUCAUUUAUUAUUACAACAACUUACAAGAAGAAGAAGAUAGAGUGUGGGUGAGUUCAACAUCUUAACAUUUUCACAUUGAAUCAUGAAUGAGGUUUUGACAAGAGCCGAUGUAACUGCAAGCACCGCUUCAUCAUUAUCCCCUUUUGUUCCUUCCUCCAAUCUUCCUCUCAUCUCCGCUUUUCUCUCUUUCGCUCUCGCUCAGUUUCUCAAGAUCUUCACCACCUGGUAUAAGGAAAAGAGAUGGGAUUCUAAAAGGUUGCUUGAUUCGGGAGGAAUGCCUUCAUCACAUUCUGCAACUGUGUCGGCUUUGGCUGUGGCUAUAGGUUUCCAAGAAGGGAUUGGGUCAUCUGUCUUUGCUAUCGCCGUCAUCUUGGCAUGUAUUGUAAUGUAUGAUGCAACAGGAGUUAGACUUCAUGCAGGCCGGCAAGCAGAAUUGCUUAAUCAAAUUGUGUGUGAAUUACCUCCAGAACAUCCUCUGUCCAAUGUCAGACCAUUACGUGAUUCACUUGGUCAUACUCCACUUCAGGUUGUUGCUGGUGGUUUACUGGGGUGCAUUAUAGCAUUUUUAAUGAGAAAAUCAAGUUAAGAUGCAAUGCUAUGUGAAUGAUACUAAUUAUUUAUCUUGUCACAACUGGCCAUGCACGCCGAAAAGGAGAGCAUCAUGGAAAUGGCAAAAAAGCUUGCUUUUGUCGCAAGCAUGCAUGCGAGUAAAGAGAUAAGUAUGUUAAGGGUUCUCCUUGGUACUGGGAAAUCCAUCGUCCCCAUUUUUUGAACAUUCAAACUUCUCUUGUGAACUAUAAUGUAUUGGUUUAUUAACUGUCUUAAUUAAUUGUUGAUGAUUGAACACGAUUUGGGAUAACACUGUCCUUUAUUUGACUUGUUUUCCACACAUUGUGGGUGGCAUUUCAUUUUCAUCCAUUAGAAGAUUAGUAGAUUAAGGUUCGUUUCAAGUUGUGACCUGUCAAAAACUGAUUGUCACGUGUUAUCUAAUAGGCGUUAUAAUUUUCAUAUUACCCGAAGUUACAUGU